UUUGUGCAAUGGACAGACACAGAAGGAAGAGCAGGCAGUGUCUUGGUGGUCGAAAAGAGUUUGUUGUGAUAGACGAGAGCUGCUUCCGUCAUCAGCGAAAGUAUGCGCGAGGACGAUUUGGAAAUACCUGGAGAAGGAAGAAAUGGGUCUUCGGAAUGAUGGGAGUUAAAGACAAAAGACGGAGACCAGUGUUGAAACUAGUGGAGAAACGAUCAAGACGCCACCUUGUCCCUCUGAUCAGAGACCAUGUUAAGGCAGGAAGUAGCAUAAUCAGUGAUAAGUGGAGGGCAUACAGGGUUGUUCUGAGGAACUUGGGGUACAAACACUAUACCGUAAACCACAGCAGGUGGUUUGUGGAUCCCCGGUCUGGAAGCCACACACAACAUAUUGAAAGAGCUUGGGGGACCAUCAAAGGACAUAUCCGUAGACUGAGAGGAAAUCGGACAGAGACUUUGUUGAAGGAGCACCUCAUGGUUCUUGAAUGGUCAUCCUGGCUUGGCUCUCGUCACCCUGAUGGGCCACUUGGACGCUUGUUCAAGGAUGUACAGAAAGCCUUUCCAGUCUGAAUUUCAAGAUUUAUUUUCCAGUGCUCUAAUUAUCAUUCAGUAAAGACUGCUUUGAUGUCUGAAUUUGGAAAUUAACUGUGCUUAACUGUUUCAUUAUUAUGAAAAGUGUUUCAGCAUGUAUGAAUGAAAAUGUUUGCUUGUUUCUGUUGUAUCUUUCUUCAUACUUCAUGUGACAAAAUUAGAUUAGCUAAGGGUAAAUGUUUGUAACACAUGAAUAAACAGUGAAGUUUUGCACUUUACAGUAAGGCUCCCUUUUGGUGGUUAUAAGUGUUAGUAACUGAUUAACAAAUGGUGAAGUGUUUUACACUUUAAAAUAAGGCUCCCUUUUGGUGGUUAUAAGUGUUAGUAACUGAUUAAUAAAUGGUGAAGUGUUUUACACUUUAAAAUAAGGCUCCCUUUUGGUG